UGCGGAAAGAUAUCUUGCGGGGAUGGAUAACGGUAAUCCCACCAGAUAAGAGAGACCCAAACUUUCUCUCUCUCCCUUUCCAGUUUCCAGUCAUCACUCUUCCAUGGCGCUUCUGCAAUCCGCGCCUUCUACUAGUGGUAGUUCUACACAAUCACCAUUGACAAACCGCCCUCUCAUCCACACUCCCUUCAUAUUCCCUUCCACAUCCUUCAAAUUACCCCCAAUUUCUACUAACCACUCCCUCAAGCACAAACACAACAACUAUCGUUUCCGCAUUCGUGCAUCGACAACUCUUGAAUCCACCAAUGGCGCUGCCACCAUAGCCGUCGGCCUUGAUAGUCCCUCUUCCACCGUCAACACCUCCGGUAUUCCUUAUGGCAGACAGUAUUUCCCUCUUGCCGCAGUUGUUGGACAAGAUGCUAUUAAAACUGCUCUUCUACUUGGGGCAAUUGAUCGUGAGAUUGGAGGAAUCGCAAUCUGUGGCAAAAGAGGAACGGCUAAAACAGUUAUGGCACGCGGAUUACAUGCAAUUCUGCCACCAAUCGAUGUAGUUGUUGGUUCAACUUCAAAUGCUGAUCCAGCCUGCCCAGAAGAAUGGGAAGAUGGACUUGCUGAUAGAGUGGAAUAUGACUCUGCUGGUAAUGUGAAGACCCAAGUAGUUAGAUCACCGUUUGUGCAGAUUCCACUUGGUGUUACAGAAGAUCGAUUAAUUGGAUCUGUUGAUGUUGAGGAGUCUGUCAAGAAUGGAACAACUGUAUUUCAGCCAGGUCUUCUGGCUGAAGCACAUAGAGGGGUUCUCUAUGUUGAUGAAAUCAACUUACUUGAUGAGGGUAUAAGUAAUUUGCUCCUUAAUGUGUUGACUGAUGGUGUUAAUAUUGUUGAGAGAGAAGGAAUCAGCUUUCGUCACCCAUGCAAGCCACUGUUAAUUGCUACUUAUAAUCCUGAAGAGGGUUCUGUACGUGAACAUUUACUCGAUCGUAUUGCAAUCAAUUUAAGUGCAGAUCUUCCAAUGAGCUUUGAGGAUCGUGUUGCUGCUGUAGGGAUUGCAACACAGUUUCAGGAACAAAGUAAGGAGGUUUAUAAAAUGAUGGAGGAAGAAACAGACUCUGCAAAGACUCAGAUUAUUUUGGCAAGAGAAUAUUUGAAAGAUGUAAGCAUUAGCCGUGAACAACUCAAGUAUCUGGUCAUGGAAGCUAUGCGUGGUGGUUGCCAGGGACAUAGGGCUGAACUAUAUGCUGCACGUGUUGCCAAAUGUUUAGCUGCUUUUGAAGGUCGUGAAAAAGUCAGUGUGGAUGACCUCAAGAAAUCUGUAGAACUUGUGAUUCUUCCUCGUUCAAUGAUAAACGAGAACCCGCCAGAUCAGCAGCAGCAGCCUCCACCCCCGCCACCUCCUCCACAAAAUCAAAAUUCUGAGAACCAGAAUGAAGAAGAGGAGGAGGAAGAGGUGAGUUGGUCAACAUGGUCAACCUUAUUAAUUGCUGUAGGAAAAAAAAUAUACUAUAUGUGGAUGCUAAUGACUGGAUGUUUAUUAUUAUUAUUAUAUAAACAGGAGGAAGAUAAUGAAGAUGAAAAGGAUGAAGAAAAUGAACAGCAACAAGACCAAUUACCUGAAGAAUUUAUCUUCGAUGCAGAUGGUGGUCUGGUGGAUGAAAAACUUCUCUUUUUUGCACAACAAGCACAAAGAAAAAAAGGGAAAGCUGGAAGGGCUAAAAAUGUCAUUUUCUCGGAAGACAGAGGUCGAUAUAUCAAACCAAUGCUUCCCAAGGGUCCUGUAAAACGAUUAGCUGUUGAUGCAACAUUAAGAGCAGCUGCACCUUAUCAGAAAUUGCGUAGGGAGAAAGACACACAAAGUCUUAGAAAAGUUUAUGUGGAAAAAACAGAUAUGAGAGCUAAAAGAAUGGCUAGGAAAGCAGGUGCAUUGGUUAUAUUUGUGGUUGAUGCUAGUGGAAGCAUGGCAUUAAAUCGAAUGCAAAAUGCAAAAGGUGCAGCGCUUAAACUGUUAGCAGAAAGCUAUACAAGUAGAGAUCAGGUGUCAAUUAUUCCGUUUCGUGGAGAUGCUGCAGAAGUACUUUUGCCUCCUUCCAGAUCAAUCUCAAUGGCUAGGAAAAGACUCGAGAGGCUUCCAUGUGGUGGUGGUUCUCCUCUUGCUCAUGGACUUACCACGGCGGUUAGGGUGGGGAUGAAUGCGGAGAAGAGUGGAGAUGUUGGGCGGAUAAUGAUUGUGGCAAUAACAGAUGGGAGAGCCAAUAUUUCACUUCAAAGAUCUAAUGAUCCAGAAAUGGCUGCAGAUGCACCAAGGCCUUCUUCUCAAGAGUUGAAGGAUGAGAUACUUGAAGUGGCUGGUAAGAUUUAUAAAGCGGGAAUGUCUUUGUUGGUGAUUGACACGGAGAAUAAGUUUGUUUCAACUGGUUUUGCUAAAGAGAUUGCUCGAGUGGCUCAAGGAAAAUACUAUUACCUGCCUAAUGCUUCGGACUCUGUUAUCUCGGCUGCAACAAAGGAUGCUUUGUCAGCUUUGAAGAACUCUUGAAUAACAAAAUCAUAACAGCAUCCACAUUGUAAUAAUGCUUUUUUGUUGAAAACGAGACACAAAAUGGCUUUUCAUUGUGAUUGAAGUUUUUUUUUUUUUUUUUUUUUUUGAGCCAUUGUUGAUGUUGUAAGUUUUGGUAUAUAUCCGAAUUGUAACAGUAUUACUUGCCCUAAUUGUGCAACCCAUUAGGUUCA